AUGGUCGAGCUCAUCAAUUCCCCCGACUCUCGAGCUUUGCUCCCUCCUCUCCUCGCCUGUCUUCCUAUAGCCUUUGUCUCCCCACGCCCGCCACCAGCCCUCCUCCCACUACUCUCCCCAAUCCUCCGCCAACGACUCCAAAUCCUUACCUCAGUAUCUACUUCUACUGAUGACUCAUGGUUGAAGCUUCUCUGUUGGGACACCGCCAAAGCGGACCGUCUCCAGAGCAUCGUCGGCAGCACCACUUUUGAGCCACACCCCGUCUCCGGCGAGAUUGAGCUCGCAGACGACCUGCCGGCAACCUACAAACGGAUUGACGACGAGACUCUCCAGUCACUGGUCUUGCUACCAGAGUACAGUCUAGCAGUGAUCUACCUGUGGUGCCCCACCGACGAGCAUGGCCGCGGCUGGCGGGUGGCGGAACUGCUUCCGCGGGAGAGCCCUGCAGACGACGAAAACACCUGGGCCUCUUCCAUUAGCGAAGCAACUACACAGGCAAAAGACAGACUUCUGGCAGAAAUCCUGGAUGAGAAGGACGAAAAGUCAAACAGUGAACAAGUCCAGGACGAGGAAGAAGACGAUGACGACGAUUACUGGGCUCAGUAUGAUGCCACCCCCGGCGGCGGGGAAACACCUAACGUUAAGACCCCCGCACCGGCGUCCUCAAAGGGUCCAUCUGGCCUCUCUGAAGCAUCGUACUUUUCCCAGUACGGUGAUGUGCAGCCGGCGAUGGAUAGCCAUGACCCCACCGAGGAACAGCCAGAAGUUGGUCCGUCAUCUUUGAACGGAGAUAUUCUUGCCACUCUACUACGCUCGCAAAUGAGUGGAUCUGAUGACCCGGCAAAUGGCCCUCGCAAAAAUGGUUACUCUCAUGAUAAUAUCCCCAUCGAUGCGUCUGCGCAUGCUCUUAGCCACCCCCGCCCCGCAUCUGCUUCUUCAGGCAGUUCCGAUGCCGUCGCGAAGCUGGAGCAGGAAGCGGAGAGCCAAUCCACCUACGAAGUAGGCGUGAAGCAACAUAUUGGUACCAGUAUCAAGAGUCUGUUCCGUCUGGCUAAGGCGACAGGAAUGUCACGAAGUGACUUCCAGUGCUUGGUGCAGACCGAGGUGCAGCUUUUGAAUUUGACAGAUGACGAAUGA